UUGCUCAUCUUCCUCUAUAAAAAGCUGCAUGAACUGCAAGGCCAAAUAUAUAACCAUUGAACUCAAACACAGAGCCAACUGAAAUUACUCUCUCUCUCUCUCUCUCUCUCUCUCUCUCUCUCUCUCUCUCUCUCUUUCUCCGGCUCUAAUGGCUACUCCGGCUCCGGCUCCGACUUCUAAUGGCGAAGAGCGAGUAAUACAGAAGAAGUACUGGACAGAGCACUCGGCCGGACUGACGGUGGAGGCGAUGCUGCUCGAUUCGAACGCCUCCGAUCUCGACAAAGAAGAAAGGCCUGAAGUGCUUUCUCUGCUUCCGUCGUACGAAGGGAAGUCGGUGGUGGAACUUGGAGCCGGCAUUGGUCGCUUCACCGGCGAUUUGGCGGAGAAGGCCGGCCAGGUUCUUGCAUUGGAUUUCAUCGAGAGUGUGAUCAAGAAGAAUGAAAGCAUUAAUGGGCACCACAAAAACGUAAAGUUCAUGUGCGCUGAUGUAACUUCUCCAAAUCUCAACGUUUCCCAAAAUUCUGUGGAUUUAAUCUUCUCGAAUUGGCUGCUCAUGUAUUUGUCUGAUAGAGAGGUGAAGAACUUGGCAGAGAGAAUGGUAAAAUGGUUGAGAGUUGGGGGUUAUAUUUUCUUCAGAGAGUCUUGUUUCCAUCAAUCCGGAGACUGUAAACGAAAGUACAACCCCACCCACUACCGAGAGCCAAGAUUCUACACAAAGGUGUUCAAGGAAUGCCAUAUGCAAGAUGACGCCGGAGAUUGCUACGAGCUCUCCCUCGUCGGCUACAAAUGCAUCGGAGCUUAUGCCAGAAACAAGAAGAAUCAGAAUCAGAUCUGCUGGAUAUGGCAGAAGGUCAAGAGCUCCAACGAUGACAGAGGAUUCCAACAAUUCCUAGACACAGUACAGUACAAAUGCAGCGGCAUUCUCCGCUACGAGCGUGUGUUCGGACCAGGGUUCGUCAGCACCGGCGGAAUCGAGACGACAAAAGAAUUUGCGGCGAAACUGGAGCUUAAGGCUGGGCAGAGGGUUCUGGAUGUGGGUUGCGGAAUUGGGGGAGGAGAUUUUUACAUGGCGGAGAAUUUUGAUGUGGAGGUCGUCGGAAUAGAUCUCUCCAUUAACAUGAUUUCUCUUGCUCUGGAACGCGCAAUUGGGCUGAAAUGCGCCGUUGAAUUCGAAGUCGCCGAUUGCACCAAAAAAGUGUACCCAGAAAACAGUUUCGAUGUCAUUUACAGCCGAGACACCAUUUUGCAUAUUCAGGACAAGCCUGCACUGUUCAGAUCAUUCUACAAAUGGCUGAAGCCGGGAGGGAAAGUUCUGAUAACUGAUUACUGCAAAAGCGGCGGCGCUCCGUCGCCGGAAUUUGCAGAGUAUAUAAAGCAGAGAGGGUACGAUUUGCACGACAUCAAAUCCUACGGUCAGAUGCUUGAGGAUGCUGGUUUCAACGACGUCGUUGCAGAGGACCGCACCGAUCAGUUCAUGAGUGUUCUUCAGAGGGAGCUGGAGGCUGUUGAAAAGGAGAAGGAAACAUUCAUCCAUGAUUUUUCUGAAGAAGAUUACAAUGAAAUUGUUGGAGGGUGGAAGGCAAAGUUGAACAGGAGUUGGUGUGGAGAGCAGAAAUGGGGAUUGUUCAUUGCCCACAAAACAAAAUGAGCUCAACUUUUACCUUUAUGUUGUAAUUACUUUGUUAUUCAGCAACUGCCUCUAUCACUCUAUGAUUUCUAUCAUAUUAAUAAAUUAAGAAAAUAAUUUAAAUA